AUGUUUUGGGGCUUUGGUUUGCAGCAUGCUUUGCAAAGAAUCUUCGAAAAAAGACUAAUCAUUGAAAGUGAUGAGGAGACUCGUACGCAGGAGGAGCAUGAAAAGCAGAAGAUUGGCCAUCGGCGAAUUGAUCGCCAAGGCGAGGUACACAUUUACUGCAUGAGCGGGUCACAAUCAACACCAUCGCACAGUUACGGCGAUUUCCGAUUUCAAACUUAUGCACCGAUUGCAUUUCGAACUUUUCGAGAUCUUUUCCUUAUCAAAACUGCUGAUUUUUUGCGAUCUAUAUGCAUGUUUCCACUGAAAGAACUGUCAAAUGCUGGGGCGUCAGGCUCAAUAUUUUAUGUCUCGCAAGAUGAUCAGUUUAUUAUCAAAACAGUGCAAUCCAAAGAAGCAGAAUUUUUGAAAAAGUUGCUUCCUGGUUACUACAUGGUUAGUUUUGUGUUGCUUUGA